CACAAACUGGCUAUAGAUGUGGCUGGUAUAUUAUUGACUGCUGUAGCAUCAAAACCAGCAUCUGCAUAUAAACAUGGCAAUGUCUACAUGUAGAUAUCUACACAGACCAAUGAGAACGGUUUGGGCAUCCUCCCAGACUGUGUCGAGGUGCUUUACCACUGAAGAUAAUGGUUUUUCCAAUAAGUGGUAUGAGCUUCGCACAUACAAGAUACAGCCCGCUAAGUUGCAGGACUUCAUGAAGCUAUCAAUAGAUAAGAUAAACCUACGAUUCAACCAUUCAAAAGGCAUUGGUUAUUGGAUGGCUGACAUUGGGGGUUUGAAUGAAGCAGUUCACAUCUGGGAAUACGACAACUUUGCCCAUCGCACUAAAGUCAGAAAACAAAUGUCUGAAGAUCCCAGCUGGAAUGCAGAAUAUUUAUCCAAGAUGUUACCAAUGCUAGUAAAUCAGGAAAGUGUAGCACUGAAA